AUGUUUUCUCUUCUAGUUAAUAUUCGUGCUAAUGCUACAUGGAAACAGAACGGAGUGACUGUUGCUGGAGGCAACGGGUGUGGGAAUGCCACCAAUCAACUCAAGCAGCCUCUUGGUCUCUUCGUUGAUGAUGAUCAAACAGUGGUUAUUGCUGACAACGGGAAUCAUCGUAUCAUGCAAUGGAAGAACGGUGAUACAACGAAUGGACAAGUUGUUGCUGGUGGCAACGGCUACGGAAAUGGAUUACAUCAAUUGGCUUUACCAACUGAUGUAUUAAUUGACAAAGAGACGGAUAGUCUCAUUAUUUGUGAUUGGGGGAAUCGACGAGUUGUCCUAUGGUCUCGUCGUAGUGGUACAACAAAAGGUGAAAUAUUCAUAGACAACAUCACUUGUUGGGGAUUAGCUAUGGAUGAGCAGAGAUAUCUCUACGUUUCUGACUACGAAAAAAAUGAAGUAAGACGAUAUCAAUUGGGUGAGAAGAAUGGCACUCUCGUAGCUGGUGAUAAUGGACAAGGUGACGAUCUCAAUCAGCUCAACUUCCCGACAUUUCUCUUUGUCGAUCGACAACGGAAUGUCUAUGUAUCAGACAGAAACAAUCAUCGCGUAAUGAAAUGGAAUAAAGACGCAAAAGAAUGUAUUGUGGUCGCUGGAGGACAAGGUGAAGGGAAUUCUCUGACACAAUUGUCUUCUCCUAGUGGAAUCUUCGUUGAUACGUUAGGUACACUCUAUGUAGCAGACAUGUAUAAUCAUCGUGUAAUGCGUUGGUCUCAAGAAGACAAGAAACAAGGCACUGUAAUUGUGGGUGGAAAUGGCAGGGGAGAAGGAGCAAAUCAGUUCAGCUACUCCGUUGGUUUCUCUUUCGAUCGACAAGGUAACCUCUAUGCCGUCGAUAAUGAUAAUAAUCGUGUUCAACGAUUUUCUAUCGAAUAA